AUCAACAUCAGUUAUUGACACAUCAUCAGCAGCGGCACCACCAUCAUCACCACCAUCAGUCAUUGACACAUCACCAUCACCACCACCACCAUCACCACCACCAUCACCACCACCAUCACCACCAUCAGCAUGCGCGGUGUGGACACGCCGAUUAUCCCGGCAGGUUUCCGAACUCAGAGCUCCGCUCCUCCUGGAGUUAGAAAGGCGAGCAAGCGCUUGACGCAACCAUGGCAACCCGGGCCACGCCCUCCCGGCGAGCGCUCCUCCUCAUUGGCUGCCUGGCCCUGGCCGCCUGCCUCGUGCUCUCGCGAUUGGUCGACCAGAGCGGCGACGUCACAAAGCCGGGGGCUCGUCACCCGCAGGUGUUGAGACAGAACCGGGCCGUGGAUCCUGUUGAGUUGGUGGACUACCAAAAUUACAGCUUCACCAGGCUAGAGGCUACUCGAGAAGGCCCCGGCGAGCACGGUCGUCCCGUGCCGAUGUCGCGUCGCGACCGCGAGCUGCGUGGCGCCGCCUACGCGAGGCACGGCUUCAACUCGCGAGCCAGCGAGCACGUGGGACUACACAGAGCCCUGCCUGACCUCAGACACCCACGCUGCGUGGGUGCUCGCUACCCGGCGGAUCUGCCCACGGCGUCCGUGGUGAUCGCCACCCACAACGAGCAUGUGGCCACGCUGCUUCGCACCGUCACCAGCGUGCUCAGCCGCUCGCCCGCUCAGCUCCUCCUCGAGGUCAUCGUCGUGGACGAUAGCAGCGACCACGACCGCGACUCUGCCCCCCUGCCACCCCUCGCCGUGCUGCUGGAGGAGGCGGAGGAGGCGGGGGGGGGCCAGGGGGGGCCCCCCCCCAGGCUCCGGCUGCUUCGCCUCCCACGCCGCGUGGGGCCCAUCCAGGCAAGGGCCGUCGGGGCCCGGGCCGCCCUGGGCGAGGCCCUCGUGUUCCUGGACUCGCACUGCGAAGUCAACACCAACUGGCUGCCUCCACUGCUGGAGCGGCUGUGGCUGAGGGCCGACACGGUGGCCUGCCCGCUGCUCGACGUCAUUGACCACUCCACGUUCACGUACCGAGCACAGGAGGGCGGCGCCCGCAGGGGAGCCUUCGACUGGCGCCUCGACUACAAGCGGCUGCCUCUCCUGCCUGGGCAGCUGCCCUACCUGCCCUUCAGGACCCCUGUAGGCGGAGGGAUCUUUGCGAUCCGCCGGGACUACUUGCAGGACCUGGGCGGCUUGGAAGAUGGUUUGGAGAUGAUGGGUGGGGAGAGCCUCCAGCUGUCAUUAAAGGUGUGGAUGUGUGGAGGCCAGGUAGAGGAGGUGCCUUGUUCCCGUGUUGGCCACGUCUACAAGAAGUCCUCCGCUUACACGCUGCCCAGUGGAGCGCACACGCACGGCUCCGUGGUACUACGGAAUCUGCGUCACGUGACUGACACGUGGCUGGGUGAGCACCGUGCCGCCGUCUUCCGCGCCCGACCCGAGCUGCUCCACCUCCAAGACGCCGGCGGUGACGUCACCGGCGGUGAAGACGUCGCCGGAGACGUCGCCGGAGACGUCACCGGCGCCGCCGCCGCGUCUCCGGCGACGUCUCCGGCGGCGCGCGAUGGUGGGGGCGGGAGGGUGGGGGGCCGCGAGUGCCGCAGCUCCGCGUGGUUCCUGCGCGAGGUGGCGCCCGACAUCCUGCGCCACUUCCCGCUCCACGAGCCGCCCCCAGUCGCCCGAGGAAAGGUAAGGAACCUGGCUCUCAGGAUGUGCCUCUCGGCCAGGGCGGAUCUACGAAGCCUCGAGAUGAGGCGCUGCAAGCUGGGGCUGCCUGGUCAGAACUUGACGCUGUCGUGGCGCGGGGAGCUGCGAGUGGGGGGGGCCUGCAUGGACGCCGUGGCGGCGGGGAGAGACGCUCGCCUCCUGCCCUGCCACGGGGAGAGGGGCAACCAGCAUUGGGAGAUGGUGCCCUUACUGCCGCAACGGAAGUCGCCACCGUCCCUGCUGCUCCACGCGGUCACGCGGUCCUGCCUGGAAGCCCGCGCAGCCUCCAGCCAACCGGCGCUCUCGCUGCGCCCAUGUGACCCCGCGGUAGCCAAUCAGCAGUGGGUGCUGUGA